CACAAUAUUUACUGCCUACAGUAAACAUGUCAAUUUACGCGUGUCGAAUCGAAACAUGAUAAUACUAUAGCAUACUUGUUAAGCAGAAGACGUUGAUCAAGAACAAGCCAAAUCCGGUAAAUUAGUUUGAUUUAAUUUCUUUACCUUGACACAACCAUCAAUUUCAGCUGUGGAAAAACCAUCAUGGAGUUUAUUUGCCCAUAGUUUAUAAUAGGUUUUUAUGUGACCACAAAAGUGUUAUAACCAUAGAGUAAUAUAAGAAAAUAACGUACAUAACGAAUAACGAUACAACUUGUAAAGAUUACACGGAGUGUCCAAACAACACCUUUGUACACUACAGAGCUUCAUCUAAAUUCUAGACCAUACAAACUAAAAAGUUAAUAUAUUAUAAUAUACCUACUAGUAUACUAUGUGUUUAUGUAUAUUGUACAUUAGUAUUUACAUAUUAUUAUAUUCUGAGCGUAGUGAGAAAUGUACUUACUUACUGGUUUUUCUACGAUUUGUACUUUUUAGAUCUGUGUACAGUUUCUAUCAAAAAUCUUGCACUGAUCUUCAAGUUCAUCUUUUCUAAAUACAAAUGUCGGUUAGUUAGUCUCCAUGGAGAAGUAUUUUUUUGAUUUCCUUUAUAAUUACUAGUUUUCUUAAUAAUUGGAAAAUACUUAAGAAACAGGUAAAAAUGUUUGUAAUAUAACUGUUACUGGUUUUUCGAUUUGUUUUUUCUGUUUUGUUUAGUUUCUCAAAUAAAUUUUUAAAUUGUAUUGGAAAUCAAGUCAUUAUAUAAAAUAAUAUAAUAGUUAUUGUACAAAACAAAAAUUUAAAAAUAGUCGCACUUGUAUAACAGCAGAUAGGUACAAUCAUAUUUAGUUUAGUAUAGUUUAAUAUUAAGGUAGCUGGUAGGUAGUAAUGGAGUUACUAUGACAAAUUUUUCAUUAGUUCCAACAUUUACUAUAAUAAUUAUUAUAAUAAUAAAAAAAAAAACCAAUAAAUUCCCUACGCUAAUAUGUAAAAUAUGUAAUAUGUAAAACUAUGGACAUAUUAUUAGACAUUUGAGCUGUUUAACUCUGAAUAGUUUUGUAAAAAUUCACAAUUCAUCAUUAAACAUUUAAAUCUCGCGACGCCCAAUAAAUUAUACAAUAUCGUAGUUAUUUACAUUCGGCGGAAUUCAAAGUAAUGUUACGAUGGUGAAAAUGUGAAAUGUAAUUGCUACGACGAAGCGAAACACGAUAAAAAAGCGCCCGACAAAAAACUACCAACAUUAUAAUUGAGUAUCCAUUUUAGAAAUUUAAAUCGUCAAAGCCACUCGAUAACAUACAACUCUAACAACCUAACCCAUCAUUUAUUUACCUUUGAUCAUGAUAUAUGAUCUAAAAUAUUUACGACAAUUUUACAAUACUCAUGUCGAAAAAAAUUCACUGAAACUAAAUAAUAAUUUGUAUAAAAAUUAAAUGAAUUGUUAUGAAUUCAUGGCAUGUCGUGACAUUUCGUUAUUUCAACUGCAUUUUAUAACGUUUUCGUAUGUUAUUUGUUUUUUGUUUUUUUUGUACAAUACCGUUUUUAUUCAGAACAUGGGGAAAAAAAUUGGUGAUAUUAUAGGUUUAUAGGCGAGUCCAGAUUUUUGGUGAAAAGUUGGGAAGGUAGGAUAUAUAAAAAGGAAUAUGCAGAAAUCAAACAAAAAAACGAUUUUGAUCGGAACUUGGUUUGUAACUGGUUUAUAACUUGGUUAACUGAUUUUUCAACAAUAUGUCAUAUUAUAGUAAAAUAAAUACAUAUGAUAUAAACACAACGAAUUACACAGUAAACGUAUAUUUUUGAGUUCACCCCGUUCAAACAUUUUACAUUUUAUACUAAAAUAUAUUCGAUUUUAAAUUCAAUGGUAUAAACAUAAAUCACCUUAAUUAAUGUCACGGAAUAAUAGUCCGUGAUUAUUGUUAAUAAAUUUCGGUGGACGGCGACUGUCGAAAAAAAAUAUCGUAAAGUUAUCGUGUCCAUAUAUAUUAUAUAUGAAUAUAUGGUUGGUAGUAUUGUCUGUUAUCACGUAUUCCCAUGGCUUUAUGUACAGAUAUCUAUACUUUACAUAUAUAAAUAAAUACAUACAUUUAUAUAUAUAUCGAUAUCUGUGGCUUUAUGUCGCAUGGUUAUUUGUCGAGUUGUUUUUUGACGAUAUUUAUAUAUUGUUAAAUGCAUGACAAAAAUUAUCUUGGUCAAAUGUGUACGUAAAUAUUAUGUGAUAGAGCUGUAUGAUAGUUUUUUAUCGGAUUAUGACGAUGGUGUUUUGUCGAUUGGCUCUUUGUCGUUAUUUUGUGGUUUUAAGUCGGGUGGCUUUACAUGAUGUCACUCAUAGAGUAAUUACUCUACCAAUAGUUAUUACUUAUUACCCUAUUACUCUAUGGUGUUACCCGAUGAAGUAUAAAAAAAAAGUACGUUCGUAACAGUUGACUUUCGUAGCAACGGCCAACGGUGCCUUCCCGGUAUUAAAAACACGAUUAAAGAUAUAUCAUUUAUCGUGUUUAAAAGAACAACAUAAUAUAUAAGAUAAGAAAACAUAAGAUAAGAACAAAGUAAAGUUAUCAAAUUAUUUACUUUUGGUAGGUAUCUCCACGAUAAAUGAUGAUUUUGGGUAAGUAUGAAAAAUAAGUUUUCGAUAUCGAUUUAAUAAACAUUGGUUGUUUAUUCAAGAGUUAUAAGUCGACUUCAAUUUUGUACAAUGACCGACGGAUACAAACGUACGUUUUUGAACAUUAAUUUUUAUAUGGUGUGAAAUUAUUGAUUGGCCUUAUUAUCUUACCUUUUUCCUAGAGAGAAGUUUGUAUGGAAAGCAUUUUGUUAGGAUAAAAUAUUAUGCUUUUUCAGGAUUAUUUUGAUCAUUAGGAUCAUUAGGAAUGUGUAUUUCCUUAGUCCCGUUUAUUGUUUCUAUUAAAUAUUUGAAUUUAUUGACAUUUUUGUACAUUAGGAUGUUCAUUGUUCUCAAUUAGUUAUAUUCAUUUGAUUUUAUUGGCAUUAAUAAUCUAAAAAUUAUUAUUAAUGAAGCAAAUUUGUUUAGCUUACACGCCUGGUUGGAAUGAUCCUCCCUCAUAUUCAUUUGAAGAUACAUUAAAUGCUCAACAAGGUAAUCGUCCAAAAAUAUUUGAUAGAAUACCUGCUAGAGUGUUAGCAAACGGUCAGAUUCCAGAGUCCAAAACAGAAAAAUAUCAAAUACCAUUAUAUGACAAUGUAAGUUCUAAUGAAAACAAUAAUGAUGUUUCUGCUAUAUCAACAUCAAAUUUAUGUGAUUUUACUGAAGAAGAACGCCUAUCAUAUGUUAUGGAAUCUCUCAGUGUUUCUAUUCAAAAAUCAACAUUACCAGAAGUAAUUGUUAUCAUUUUUAAAUUUAAAUUUAAUUUGACAUAUAAUAAAAUAUUUGAUGUGUAGUCCAAAAAAUUAGAUAUUACCAAACGGCUAUCAAGAUUGGAAAUCAGCUGGAAAGAUAAUCAAUUUACAGAUAUAAUACAACAGAAAACCAUUGCAUUAGUUAAAGGUUAGGUGUACAAUAUUAUGUCAACAUUUUAUAAUUAUCUUAGAUUGUGUUGAAUAUUUACAGCUAUCGAAACUAAUAAUUACACAGAAGCCAAUAAAUUGCAAAUGUCAUUGAUGGUUGAUCACACACGUCAAUGCAACUCUUGGAUACCAGCUAUUCGACAACUAAUUAAUCAACAUACCUGAAUUCAUGUUUAAUAAAUAUUUUAAUUUCAUAUGUAUGCAUCUACCUAUGUUUGAUAUAAAUUAAUAAUUUCAUCUUAAAAUUGAUUAAAUAUUUAGUAGGUAAUUGGAAAUCGGUAAUAACUAAUAAGCAUAUACUAAAUAUUGUCUGGUAUCAAUAGUAUCUGUUUUUUAAAUAAAAUCAAUACUUAUAAAAAAACAAUAUCACUGAAAAAUAUAUUACCUUCUAAAUUAGUUACAAAGUCAUAUUACCUGUUAUACCUGUUAUUUAUGAUGUACAUGGUUUUUUUCAUACAGUUUUACUAGGUAAGGUUUUAUUGUAACCAUUUUAGUUUUCAUAGCAAAUUUCAAAAGAAUGACCUAUAUGAAAUUUAAUGAAAAAUUUACAAUUUAUUCUGUAUUGUUUACACAGGAUAAUAAAAACACUAGGUUAUAAACUACAGCUAUGGACAUUGCCCGACUGGUCAUGGGAGCUGGGUAGAUGAAUGGCUGCUGGAGUUUGUGUAAAGACAGACAUA